AUGGCUUCAAUUCCCAGUUCAUCUCGUCAUACAGUAUCUUUUAUGGAUGAUAUUAAAGAUGUAUUGAAAAAUCAAGCUCGAGAUUCUCUUAUUAAUUUCACAUCACAAUCAUCAACAACAUCUUUGCAAUAUUCUAAUAUGCGUGUUACUCAACGUCUUCAUCGUUAUCGAUUCAUGAAAAAACAAUGGCAAGAAGUAGCAACAUCUAUUGGAAAUACUUCUCCCAUAUCUCCAAUAUGUGAAUCUUCAACAUCUAUUCAAGAUAUAUCAGCAACAUCACAAGACACAAUGAAAAAUUUACCUGUCAUAAUACAAAAGCAAAAUGUUGAAUCAAACGGUUAUCGUAUUAAUGAUUAUGUUGCUGUUGGAACAACAGCUGCAAAAGAUAAUAAUGACAAGAAUUUUGUUGAUCUUAAUCCAUUACAUAUAAGAAUUCAACAAGAUUUGAUUAAACUAAGAAAAUUAAUUAAAACAAAGCAAAGUAAAUUUAUUGCUAAUACUUCUCUAAAAAUACGCACAAGUAAUAGAACAUUACAAGAGCCAACAUCGAACGGUACGGCAGUUGGUGAUCAAGAAAAUAAUAACAUGGUAACCAUUAGAAAAUCAUCAUCAUUGAAAAAACUCAAACCCCUUGAUCGUGUUAAAAUAUCCGGGUGUAAAAUGUCUCAAUUAACACUCCAAAAAAAUGAUUCAAAUGAUAGUGGACUUACUAGUACAAGUAAUUCAUCAAGUACCUGUUCACAAUAUUCAAAACAACAACAACAACAACAACAACAAAAGCAACAAUCAAAAAAAACAAAACGACAAAAAAGUAAUAAGACAUUUAAUAUUGACUGUAGUCGACCGAAUCCUCCUCCUCCUCUUCUUUCUGAUUCUCCUAUUUAUCGUACAUCUCAUCAAUCAAACAGAAAGUCAAGCUCAUCAUCUAGAAAGACUUCAAAUAUAUUCUCGAAACAAUCUUUACUUUCUCCUCUAUCAAUAUCAGUACCACACAUACCAUCUGUAAGCGAGAAAACUCAAUCUAGCUUUACUAAACAAGAAACUCUAUUACCAGCUAUUCGACGAUUAUCUAAUAGUGAAGAAAUAGCAACAAAUUGUUAUACCUAUGCAGCAUCAAGUUCAUCAGCAACUCCACAUUCAAUGAUAAUCAAACGAAAUGCAUCACUUUUACCAAUUCUUCUACAAUCAACUCCUUGUAUAGGAAUUCAAACACGAAAUAGUCGUCCAAAAAAAUCUAAACAUGAUUUAGAAGAGAAGCAGGAGAAAAAUAAUGAUGAUGAUAGUUAUUAUUAUUUACUUGAUUAUAAAAAUUUAAUAAAUAAUUUACCGAAACCUGUUAUAUGUAUUCGGCCCCGUUAUGGACAAGAUGAUUAUGGAAUUUUAUUUGAACAAUUAGAUCAUAUUCGAGAAAGAAUGCCUGAUACAAAUAUUUAUGAUGAAUAUGCGAGAAUUGUUUAA